AGCCAUAAUAAUUUUUGUGUUAAUUUGUCCUUUUGGUAGGCUGUAUAUCUAAGAAAAGAUGGCAGAUCCUUGGCAAGAAUGUAUGGAUUAUGCAGUUGGAUUAGCAAGGAAAGCUGGGGAGAUAAUCCGUGGAGCACUCAAAGAAGAAAUAUCUGUUAUGACUAAAAGUUCACCAGUAGAUCUAGUGACAGAAACUGAUCAAAAAGUAGAAAACUUCAUUAUUUCUUCAAUAAAAGAAAAGUAUCCUUCUCACAGCUUCAUUGGAGAAGAAUCUGUUGCAGCUGGAGAGGGCAGCAUUUUGACAGAUAACCCCACAUGGAUUAUAGACCCAAUUGACGGGACCACCAACUUCGUACACAGGUUUCCAUUUGUGGCAGUUUCAAUUGGCUUUGUUGUAAACAAAAAGAUAGAGUUUGGAAUUGUGUAUAGCUGUAUAGAAGACAAGAUGUACACUGCCAGGAAAGGGAAAGGUGCAUUUUGCAAUGGUCAGAAACUUCAAGUAUCAGGCCAAGAAGACAUUACAAAAUCCCUUUUAGUAACAGAAUUGGGAUCAAAUCGUGAUCCAGAGACUAUAAAAAUAAUUCUUUCUAACAUGGAAAGACUUCUCAGUAUUCCUAUUCACGGGAUUAGAGCGGUGGGUACAGCAGCUGUGAACAUGUGCCUGGUGGCAACGGGUGGAGCUGAUGCCUAUUACGAAAUGGGCAUUCACUGCUGGGAUAUGGCAGGGGCUGGAAUCAUUAUUACUGAAGCAGGCGGAGUACUGCUAGAUGUAUCAGGUGGGCCAUUUGAUUUGAUGUCUCGAAGAAUAAUUGCAGCAAGUAGUCGAGCUAUAGGAGAGAGAAUAGCCAAAGCACUUCAAAUAAUUCCCCUGAAAAGGGAUGAUGCAACUUACUGA